UAUACCUCGUUAACCUGACAGCCUGCGGUCUGCCUCCUCAGAGACAAUAAAGAGGCACUAGAUUUUAAUGAGACAGAAAAGAGGAGAAAUAUGCCAAGCUGUGGGACCACUUAAAUCCACCGGACUGAGCACAAGAAUGCAAAAGAAAAGUUUGCUCCUACAGAUAUAUUUGUGCCGGAUAAAUCUCAUAAAUGCGGAGCGUUUUCUGUUGUUCGGGACUUUGAAUUGAGUAAUGUCUCAUGGGCGAACACAAACCUGGAUUUCUGCUGAUAGCAAAAAGGGACUGCCAUCUUCAUCACUAGCUCCCGAGGAAAGUUGAAAGAAACGACAGCAGGGCUUAUCAGUUUGAUUUGAAGGGCUAAUUGACACUGACCUUGGCAGUCCUCGCCCGUGAAUCUGCACAUUUUAACUGACCCAAAGCGAACCAAAUGCAGAGAGAAAGAUGCAUUUGGGUAAGGCUUUACUGUUCGUCCUCCUCCUCAACUGCGCGACUUUGAGCUCGUCUCUGUCAACUUGUGCCACCGUGGAUAUCGACCAUGUGAAAAGGAAGAGGGUCGAGGCGAUACGGGGCCAGAUUUUGAGCAAACUCCGAUUGACGAGUCCUCCACACUCCCUCGGACCGAAUAAAAUCCCUUAUCAAAUCCAAGCGUUGUAUAACAGCACCAAGGAGCUACUGGAGGAGCUUAGAAGGGAUCGGCAGCAAAGUUGCGGCCAGGACAACACAGAGACAGAGUACUAUGCUAAAGAGAUAUACAAAUUCAACAUGGUCUAUGGACCGCCAGAAAGCAAUGAUCUGCUCUACUGCCCAAAAGGCAUCACCUCCAAGGUUUUCCGCUUCAACGUCUCCGCCAUGGAAAGGAAUUCAACCAACCUCUUCAGAGCAGAGUUUCGAGCUCUGAGGAUGCCAAAUCAAAGCGCCAAGAGGAAUGAACAGCGGAUUGAGCUCUACCAGAUUGUGAGGCCAAAUGAACACAUUAGGAAACAACGCUACAUUGGAGCCAAGAACGUGCUGACCAAAGGUACUGAAGAGUGGGUCUCUUUCGAUGUGACUGAAACAGUGCGGGAAUGGCUGAUGAACAGAGGAACUAAUCUGGGUUUGGAAAUCAGUGUGCACUGUCCUUGCCACACCUUCAACCCAAAUGGAGACAUCAUUGACAAUGAGAACGAGGUGCUGGAGGUGAAAUUUAAAGGCGUGGAUGGAGAUGAGGAGCACAAACGCCUGGAUCUGGAUCACCUGAACAAGAAAAAGGAACAGAACCUGCCUCACCUUAUCCUCAUGAUGAUCCCACCCCACCGCCUGGACACUCAGUCCACACGCCGACGCAAGAGAGCGCUGGACACAAACUACUGUUUCUCAAACACGGAGGAGAGCUGCUGUGUUCGCCGGCUCCACAUCGAUUUCCGCCGUGACUUGGACUGGAAGUGGAUCCAUGAGCCCAGUGGUUAUGAUGCCAACUACUGCUCCGGGCCCUGCCCUUACCUGAGGAGCUCAGAUACAACACACAGCUCGCUGCUGAGCCUGUACAACACUCUGAAUCCGGAGGCAUCGGCCUCGCCCUGCUGUGUCCCUCAAGACCUGGAACCCCUCACUAUACUCUACUACUCUGGACGAACCCCCAAAGUGGAGCAGCUCUCCAACAUGAUUGUCAAGUCUUGCAAGUGUAGCUGAGAAGACAUGAACGAAGAGGUAGUAUGGCAGGAUUUUACUAGGUACUGACGAAACCCAUGCUCGUUGACUUUUGGACUCUUAGCUGUGACAAAUACUUAGACUGACCCUGUGGCCUCAUGGCUUAGAUCUGAACACCACUUUGGAGGUCAUUUAUUGUUAAGGGUGUAGAUUUUCCUAAAAACUUGAGGUCAUAAUUUUUUUUUUUGUCUUGUUUUUUUUUUCUCCCUCUCCCCCUAGUCAGUUUUGGAUGACAAGUAGUAAUUUUCCUCUUAACAACUCACUCCAACCCAAACCAAACUUCAUCUUGCAAUCACAGUAUGAUUUUAAAGUAUUUCUUUCUAGCUUUGUGAAGGUUGAGAGCACACUACUAAAGCUAGAUUGCAGAGAUCCCUGUACAAAACUAUCUGUGACAAAAAGAAAAAAUUGCCGGGAGCUGCUUUAUGGACAAUGAACGAAGGAGACUUACUUUGUAGCAUAUUUUCUGCAAAAUAUUCCACAAAGUCACAGUCUCUACAUUGUCAGUAGAGCAACUUUCCUGUUUCUAGCCUUGGGGUGACAUUGUUAAUAGUCACAAAUAUAGGCUGUGCUCUCCUGAAUGGUCAAAGAGUCCUUUUCAGGCUGGAUUUUUACCUUGAACUUAAUUUCCCUUCCCUUUAAAUAGUGGACAUUAUCUUCAAACACAAAAGGAGAAAGGACAGACUUGCUGCUGUAUCCAAAGCCAUAGCUGUGGUCAGGGAAAAGGAGAGCUGAGAGAAUGCCUGUUGGAUUUGCAAUGGAAAGUGAAUGAACAAAGAAGUUGAGCCAAGCUUUUCUUUUUUGGCCAGCCAGCAGCAAUGGCCUUUUUUUUGCGGUGCAUCUAUUAGAAUGGAUGAUGAAGAAGAAGAAAAGGAAGAAGAAGGAGAAAAAGUGGGGACCUGUAUGGAAGGGAAGAACUGUGAUGGAAACUAGCCAUGAGCACACUGCCAUUCACUGGAAGUCCUUACCCCUAACAGGUUCAAAUUAUUUCUGGGACAUCAAAGAAUAUACUGGAAAAGAACACGUGUUAUGCAAGAUGUUUUUAUGAGAUUUCUUUUACAUUAAUAGCAGAUUUGGUCUGUUAUGCAACUGUCAUAUAGUGAUUGUUUCACUAACUGGGGCAUAAAUUGAUGUGUAUCUCAGUUGUCCAUGGUGGAAGCACUUUUAUUUGAAACUAUGGCUACUGUUACAUUUUCUUGUGAUUUAGAAAGAAUAUGCAACUUCUUUGUCCAUAUGCAAUUUAGUUUGACUUAUUGUAUUAAAAGGGGACUAAAUCAGAGCACUUUUCUCCACCAAUAACAGGAAAUGUCAUGUGAUUUUAAAAAUGCAGCUGUUUACUUCUUGUUUUUUUAAAGUCAUACUCUCCUGUCAACUCACCUGUCACCCUUCACUCCAGCCAGCUGAUAAGGAAUCGCAUGUGAAGUCAGAACUCCGGUGUUCCCAAAACACUGCAGUCUUUCAUUCCCUCUGCUCGGUCUCUGUUUGUUUUGGUGCUCUUUUACAGUAUGAAGCCCUAAUGGAACAAAAAAUAAAGAGGGAGGGGGGAAAAAAGUCAUAACAUGACGGUGGCUGGAUGUACAGUUAGACCUCAUUUUUCUCAGAGUAAGGAGAACGAUUCUGAAUCCCUGUACUGUUUGACAUUCACCCGGUCAGAGUCAUCUUGCCUUUAGAUGACAUUUAGGUGACGUUUUUGGCAUUGUUUGAUUGACUUAUUGAUUGUGGUUAUUAUUAAAAACACAACAUGCAAAAA